GAAAGAUAUCCAAACAUGACUUGCUAAACUUCUCAUUUGCAUUGUAAAGUUUUGUGUUUAAUAUUCAAAUAACGGAGUAAAAUGAGUAUUUUGGCUUACAAUGGAGCAGCCAUCAUAGCUAUGAAUGGAAAAGAUUGUGUAGCUAUUGCUGCUGAUAGAAGAUUUGGGGUUCAAGCUCAAACAGUCAGUAUGGAUUUCGAUAAAAUAUUUGAGAUGGGACCACAUCUUUAUAUUGGCUUACCUGGACUAGCUACUGAUGUUCAGACUGUUUCCCAGAGAUUAAAUUUCCGUUUAAAGAUGUAUGAAUUGAGGGAAAACAGAAGAAUACGACCCAAAACAUUUAUGAGUAUGGUUUCUAAUUUACUCUAUGAGAGAAGAUUUGGACCCUAUUUUGUGGAACCAGUCGUAGCAGGAUUAGAUCCAAAGACUCAUCAGCCGUUCAUAGCUUCUAUGGAUUUAAUUGGUUGUCCUAUGAUAACUGAUGAUUUUGUGGUUAGUGGAACUUGUUCUGAACAGAUGUAUGGUAUGUGUGAAUCACUAUGGGAACCAAAUCUAGAGCCUGAUGAUUUAUUUGAAACUAUUUCUCAAGCUUUGAUGAAUGCUUUUGAUAGAGAUGCUGUUUCUGGUUGGGGUGCUGUUGUAUAUAUAAUAGAAAAAGACAAAGUUACCAAGAAAUUGUUGAAGACCAGAAUGGACUAAAUCUACUUUCAAUUCACACACAUUAACAUCAUUGUUCAUAUUAUUAUCUAUAAACAUAAAACUAUUCCAUAGAUUC